CGCGGCGCGGCGGCUGCGCGGCGGCACACGUGCGGCGGCCGCGAUGAAGUUCGCGUACCGGUUUUCCAAUUUGCUGGGGACAGUGUAUAGGUGCGGAAACUUGAAUUUUACGUGUGAUGGAAAUUCACUGAUCAGCCCUGUGGGAAACAGAGUCACUGUAUUCGACCUUAAAAACAACAAAUCCAACACUCUGCCCUUGGCUACGCGGUACAACGUCAAGUGCGUAGGGCUGUCCCCAGAUGGCCGCCUGGCCAUCAUUGUCGAUGAAGGGGGUGACGCGCUGCUGGUCAGCCUGGUGUGCAGGUCCGUGCUGCACCACUUCCACUUCAAGGGCUCGGUGCACAGCGUGUCCUUCUCUCCGGAUGGCAGGAAGUUCGUCGUCACGAAAGGCAACAUCGCGCAGAUGUACCACGCCCCUGGAAGGAAGCGGGAAUUCAAUGCCUUCGUCCUGGACAAAACCUACUUCGGGCCCUACGACGAGACCACGUGCAUCGAUUGGACAGACGACGCCAGGUGCUUCGCUGUCGGGAGCAAGGACAUGUCCACGUGGGUGUUUGGAGCCGAGCGCUGGGACAACCUCAUCUACUACGCGCUGGGAGGACACAAGGACGCGAUCGUGGCCUGCUUCUUUGAGUCCAGCAGUCUGGACCUCUACACCCUCAGCCAGGACGGGGCCCUGUGUGUGUGGCAGUGUGACACCCCCCCCGAGGGCCUGCGGCUGAAAGCGCCCACGGGCUGGAGGGCAGAGGUGCUGCAGGGCGCAGAGGCGGAGGAGGAGGGCGACGAGGAGGGGGAGGAGGAGACCACCGUCCGGGGGAAGGCGGCGCCGGCGGCCGAGGAGCAGCAGGGAAAAGUGAAGUACUCGCGGCUGGCCAAGUACUUUUUCAACAAAGAAGGAGACUUUAACAAGCUGACGGCUGCCGCGUACCACAAGACGAUCCACCUCUUGGUCACUGGCUUCGCCUCUGGGGUCUUCCACCUGCACGAGCUCCCCGAGUUCAACCUCAUCCACUCCCUGAGCGUCUCUGACCAGAGGAUCGCGUCCAUCGCUAUCAACGGCUCCGGAGACUGGGUCGCCUUCGGCUGCUCAGGCCUGGGCCAGCUGCUGGUGUGGGAGUGGCAGAGCGAGUCGUACGUGCUCAAGCAGCAGGGCCACUUCAACAGCAUGGUGGCCCUGGCCUAUUCCCCCGAUGGGCAGUACCUCGCUACCGGCAGUGAUGACGGCAAGGUCAAGGUGUGGAACACCCUCAGUGGUUUCUGCUUCAUCACUUUCACGGAGCACUCGAGCGGGGUCACCGGUGUGACCUUCACGGCCACUGGCUACGUCAUUGUGACUUCUUCCAUGGACGGGACUGUGCGUGCUUUUGACCUUCACAGGUACCGGAACUUCCGCACCUUCACGUCCCCGCGGCCCACUCAGUUCUCCUGCGUGGCCGUGGACUGCAGCGGGGAGGUGGUGUCCGCCGGGGCCCAGGAUUCCUUCGAGGUCUUCAUCUGGUCCAUGCAGACAGGCAGGCUCCUGGACGUGCUGUCUGGUCAUGAGGGCCCCAUCAGCGGCCUGUGCUUUAACCCGGUGAAGUCGGUCUUGGCCAGUGCCUCCUGGGACAGGACAGUGCGCCUGUGGGACAUGGCAGACAGCUGGAGGACCACAGAGACACUGGGCCUGACCUCGGAUGCUCUGGCCGUGACCUUCCGCCCUGACGGCGCGGAGCUGGCUGUGGCCACCCUGAACUCCCAGAUCACCUUCUGGGACCCUGAGAACGCCGUGCAGACGGGCUCCAUCGAGGGCAGGCAUGACCUCAAGACGGGCAGAAAAGAGCUGGACAAGAUCACCGCCAAGCACUCGGCCAAGGGGAAGGCCUUCACCACGGUGUGCUACUCUGCGGACGGCCAGAGCGUGCUGGCCGGAGGGAUGUCCAAGUUCGUGUGCAUCUACCACGUCAAGGAGCAGAUCCUCAGGAAGAAGUUUGAGAUCUCCUGCAACCUCUCUCUGGACGCCAUGGAGGAGUUUCUAAACCGAAGGAAAAUGACCGAGUUUGGCAACCUGGCGCUGAUCGACCAGGACGCCGGGGUGGAGGAUGGAGUCGCGGUGCCCCUGCCGGGCGUGAAAAAAGGUGACAUGAGCUCUCGGCACUUCAAGCCUGAAAUCAGGGUGACCUCCCUUCGCUUCUCUCCCACCGGGCGCUGCUGGGCGGCCGCCACCACCGAGGGGCUCCUCAUCUACUCCCUGGACACGCAGAUGCUGUUUGACCCGUUCGAGCUGGACACCGGCGUCACCCCCGUGCGCAUCCGGGCGGCCCUGCGCCAGCAGGACUACACCAGGGCCAUCCUCAUGGCCUUCCGGCUCAACGAGAGGAAGCUGCUGCAGGAGGCGCUGGAGUCGGUGCCCUGGGACAAGGUCGAAGUGGUCAGCUCCUCGCUUCCGGAGCUGUACGUGGAGAAAGUGCUGGAGUUCUUGGCUUCAUCCUUCGAAGUGUCUUGCCACCUGGAGUUCUACCUCAUAUGGACACAGAAGUUGCUCCUGGCGCACGGGCAGAAGCUGAAGGCCAGGUCGGAAGCGCUUCCCCGGGGUCGGCUGUGGUCCUGUCCGUCGGCUGGGCUCUGGCGGGGAAGGUGCUGCCGGCUGUUCAGUUCCUUCAGAAGAGUAUCCAGCGGCACUUGGACGACGUCUCCAGGCUCUGUGACUGGAACCGGUAUAACAUCCAGUACGCCCUGGCGGUGUCCAAGCAGCGUGGCCUGAAACGCCCCUCAGAGCCGCCGGGAAGCGACGAUGAAGCAGACGCGUCUGAUGACGACACUCUGCACCUGCUUGGCGCGCAACACGGGGACGGAGAUGGGGACGGGCACCUGGCGUAGGGCUGGCCACACUUGCGGCCCUGCUUGUUUCCGUCAAGACCGCCGACAAGACGGAGCCCCACGGCCUGGGCCCGGGAAAGCAAGUGACGGCGGCGGCACGGAGACGCCAGCAGGAAGACGGCACCUGCUUCCUGGGCCGGCACCGGCUUGGCACGUGGUCCCGGGAGCCGUGUGCUGUGAGCCAAGGUGAAUGUCGCUCGUCCGCUGUUGGGGACGCCUGUCUGCAGAGAUGAAUGGGUCCGUUUUUAUAGACUUGAACUUUGUGUGACCAUUAUUUAUAUUUUUAAUACAGUUUUGGUGAUUUGGAGAUGAAAAAAAUGAGGUUUUCUAUGAUAAAAGUGUGGAUUGAAUCUGCA